GUGGAUGGUUAAGUAAUUACACUCUGUGAUGUUUUAAUUUUUCAGGAAACAUGGAAAUUUGAAGAACUGUCAUUUUUUUCACGAUUGAUAUUCUCUUGGUGUGACAGUUUAAUCCUUAAAGGCUUUAGAGAUGUUGUGAAACUCUCAGAUCUCUUUCCACUCAGUACAGAUUUCAAAUCCAUUCAUAUUUGGAAAACUUUCAAAAAACCCUGGAAAAAAGAAUUGAUAAAGGCAAAGUUAUAUAAAUUACUCCAUGUUACAAAAGUGACAGAGAAUGGAAAACCAGAGGGUCAUGACAAACGAAAAUCUGCCUCCUUGAUCACUGCUUUGGGAAAGGGAUUUUGGCCAUUUCUAAUGUUUGGCUUAGGUUUGGAGGUUAUUUACUCUUUACUUCGCAUCCUGCCACCACUUGUGAUGAACUUGAUGAUUGACUUUGUUUCCAGUAAUGAACCUGUUUGGCGAGGUUUUUUUUAUGCAGCAAUAAUGUUUGUGUCAGCAAUCAUUAGCUCAAUAUGUAUGAAUCAUCUGAUAUACUUUGUUAUUUCUGCUGCUCUGAAGAUAAAGUCUGCUCUUAUUACUGCUAUAUAUCGAAAGUCCUUGAAAAUGUCUAGCUCUGCACGACGUAACUACACAGUUGGUGAGUUGGUUAACCUGAUGGCUGUGGAUGCUGAGAAAAUCUUUAAUCUUUCCAUGUACUUAACAUUGACCAUUGGUGCUCCUCUACGAAUUUUUUUCACUAUUGUUUUACUCUGGCAAUAUCUGGGCCCUGCUUGUUUAGCUGGAGUUGUUGUCAUUCUGGUGGUAUUCCCCUUGACUGGUAUAUUUGCAAGUAAAAUGCGAAAAGUUCAGGAACAACAGAUGGAAAAAAAAGAUUCCAGGCUGAAGUUUAUGAAUGAAAUAUUGAGUGGAAUAAAGGUGUUGAAACUGUAUGCAUGGGAACUUCCAUUCAUAAACCAAGUCACAGGAAUUAGAAAUGAAGAGAUCAAUUUACUAAGAACAUAUGCCUUUAACAAUGCUGGAGUAGCAUUUAUAUGGGGCUGUGCACCAUUUAUGAUUGCAAUCACAAGCUUUGUCACAUUUCUCCUUAUCGAUGAAAAUAACAUUCUAGAUGCUACAACUGCUUUUGUGUCCUUGACUUUGUUUAACAUGCUACGCUUUUCAUUAAUAAUCCUCCCAGAUAUGAUUUCAAAUAUUGUACAGACUCGAGUGUCUGUUCAUCGACUGAAUAAUUUUUUUGUCUGUGAAGAACUAAACCCAAGUUGUGUUGGCACUGAAACUGAUGAAGGAGAAGUUAUUAGUGUGAAUAAAGGAACAUGCAGCUGGGAAACCCAUGGUGAAGCAGUCCUUAAAAACAUCAAUUUACAUAUUAAGACUGGUCAGUUAGUAGCCAUUGUGGGGCAAGUAGGCUCAGGAAAGUCAUCCAUUCUGUCCUCUUUGUUGGGAGAAAUGUAUAAACUAUCAGGAACACUAAAUAUCAAGGGAACUACAGCUUAUGUAUCCCAACAAGCCUGGAUACAGAAUAUGACUCUCAAGCAGAACAUCUUGUUCUGUCAACCACUGAAUGAAAAGAAAUACAAGAAAGUGAUAGAUAAGUGUUGCUUAAAGCCAGACUUGAUGAUUUUGCCAGGUGGUGAUGAGGUUGAGAUUGGGGAGAAGGGAGUCAACUUAAGCGGAGGACAGAAACAGAGAGUUAAUUUAGCACGAGCUGUGUACCAGGAUACAGAUAUAUAUCUGCUUGAUGAUCCUUUAAGUGCUGUAGACUCCCAUGUUGCUCGGAGUUUGUUUCAUCAUGUUAUUGGACACAAUGGACUCCUUCAAAAAAAAACACGAAUUUUGGUAACUCACAACCUCUCAGUUCUACCUGAUGUUGAUGCUAUUAUAGUGAUAAAAAAUGGCCAGAUUGAAGAGAGUGGAACAUACAAAGAACUUCUUGCAAAGAAAGGAUCAUUUUCUGAGCUAGUUAGAGAGCAUAUGAGAAAAGAAGAUAGUGAAUCUACAGAAGAAGAAAGUACCAUUACCAACAGCUGUGAACUAGACACUAAGUUACUGCAAGAAUCCACUGAAGAAGAAGUAGAAAUGAGAGUACGGAAUAGGAAAAGACAUAAGAUAGAGGCUAGUCUCAAAAAAACAAUCUCCCGAGAAUUGACAAGAGAAGAUAAGAUAGGGGUACACGAUGAGGGCUUGCUAGUGGAAGAAGAGAAAAUGGAGCUUGGAAAGGUAAAGUCCAGUGUUUAUCUUCACUAUCUGCAGAAUGCUACCUAUCCUUUAGUGUUUUUAACUAUUCUGGGCUAUGCAGGAUUCCAGGCAUGUGAGGUGGGUGCUAACAUGUGGUUGAGUAAAUGGAGUACAGAUGAGCCCCUACCAGAUGGAAGUCAGGAUAUUCCUUUGCGCAACAAGAGACUGAUUGUGUAUGCAGUCUUGGGAAUUUCAGAAGCUCUUUCCAUUUUAUUUGGUACCAUCAUAUUGGCUAUUGGAACUGUACAAGCAUCUCAAGAAUUGCAUAAACGUAUGUUGCAAUGUGUCAUAAGAACACCGAUGACCUUCUUUGACACAACUCCUCUGGGACGGAUUUUAAACAGAUUUGGGAAGGACGUUGAUGUUGUGGACUCUCAGCUUCCUAUGAAUUUUGAUGGAGUAUUAGACACGACUUUGGCUGUCAUUGGCACUGCUGUUGUUAUUUCUAUCAGUAAUCCCAUCUUUAUUGCUGCUGCUAUACCAGUGUUUUUCAUCUAUUACUUAAUACAGAAAAUCUUCAUCAGUGCUUCUCGACAAAUGAAACGUCUGGAAUCAGUGACUCGUUCACCAAUCUAUAAUAACUUCUCAGAGACAAUCAGUGGAGCAAGCAGCAUCCGAGCAUAUGGUGUUCAGAAAUAUUUUAUUGAACGCUGUGAUGAACGUAUAGAUGUUAAUCAGAACUGCUAUUUCCUCGGAAUGUGCAUAAACAGGUGGUUAGCAGCACGACUAGACUUUUUGGGAUGUUGCAUUGUUUUUAUUGCCUCUUUGCUUGCUGCUACAGGAAGAGGAACAGUGAGUCCAGGCGUUGUGGGAUUGUCCUUAUCAUAUGCAUUAAAUGUUACAGAGGUGUUUUCCUGGUUAGUUAGAAUGAGUGCUGAAUUGGAAACAAAAAUUGUUUCUAUUGAGAGAAUUGAUGAAUAUUCUCAACUUUCACCAGAGGCACCAUGGGAUAUAGAAAGCACUAAACCACACAAACUGUGGCCUUCAAAAGGCUUGGUGAAAUUUGUCAACUAUAGUACACGCUACAGGGAAGGCUUGGAUAUGGUUCUUAAAAAUAUUAACCUGGAGGUUACCCAAUCAGAGAAGGUUGGGAUAGUAGGACGGACUGGUGCUGGAAAAUCAUCUCUUACUCUUGCAUUGUUUCGAAUCAUAGAACCAGCAGAUGGUACUAUUCUUAUUGAUAAUAUAGAUAUCACUGUAAUUGGUCUACAUGAUCUUCGAUCUAAGCUUACAAUAAUCCCACAGGACCCCGUUCUUUUUACGGGAACACUACGAAUUAAUAUUGAUCCAAACAAUGAGUUUUCUGAUGAAGAUGUUUGGCAAGCAUUAGAGCAUUCCCACUUGAAAGAGUUUGUAUCAACUUUGCAAGAAGGCCUUUCCCACCAUGUGGCAGAAGGUGGUGAGAACUUGAGUGUUGGACAGAAACAGCUGGUUUGCCUUGCUCGAGCUCUUCUCAGGAAAACCAAAGUACUAGUGUUGGAUGAAGCAACAGCAGCUGUGGAUCUUGACACUGAUUGCUUAAUCCAGAACACGAUUAGGAAAGAAUUUAGCCAGUGUACCAUCAUCACCAUCGCUCAUCGGAUAAAUACCAUAAUGGAUUAUGACAGGGUGAUAGUGAUGGAUGAAGGUGUGAUCAAGGAAAAUGGAAAUCCCACAGAACUACUCUCAAACCCAGAAUCACUGUUUUAUUCUAUGGCCAAAGAUGCUAAUCUAAUAGAUUAAAACUUCCACCUUAAAAGUCAAUCAAGCUACAUAAAAUAAUGAUAAGAAAAAUAACUAGUUUUAUGUUAAGAGAUUUAAUUACACAAACAGCUACUUGAUUUUUAGUGCCAAAUAUUUAUCGUACCAAACCUAACAUCCAGUAAUUACAAGCAUCAAGAAGAAGUUGCUGCUGGAAUUAUUUUAAAUACAGUUGAGCAUUUCCAAAGUUAAAUAAUUUGGUACUACUGAAA